AUGAACUAUGUCAUCGGGCCUCGGCUUCACCUUUUCGAGAUCGAUGACCAAACAUGGUUCCCCCAGUACCUCCGUGGCAAGAUACAGGAGUGCCUGACAUUUUGCUGGAGUGUGUCCUUCCCGUUCUUAAGGUCCGGACCAUCCGCAUCAUCUAGUCUUGCAAGAGUUCUGAGGAAAGAACUGGGCUCUUCUUUGUCGUCAUACACCUUUAUAGACUUCUGCGCUGGGGCCGGCGGUCCUACUCCGAUAGUAGAAAAACAUCUAAACAGCCAGCUCAUCAAGGAAGGGUUAGAGCCCGUCGACUUUAUUCUAACUGACUUGUAUCCAAAUCCCGAGGCUUGGAAAAGAAUUCAAGAGCAAAGUCCGGCGUUUAGAUAUCUUGCGCAGCCAGUUGAUGCAGGGAAAGCACCCCGCAAGGAGAUUUUACUUGGAGGUAAUGUUAUAGCAGGGAAGAACGAAAAGAAAAUCUUUCGGAUGUUUAACCUCGCCUUUCACCAUUUUGACGACGAUGGUGCGAAGAGAAUUCUGAAAGACGCGGUCAAUGGAAGUGAUGCCAUAGGGAUCUUUGAAAUACAAUCAAGAACUCCUGCGGGGUUUCUUCAAGUCGCUGCGAUCGGUCCUAUCCUUACAUUCUUAACUCCAUUUCACGGGCCUUUCUUGAACUUUGGGCACUUGUUUUUCACAUAUAUCAUCCCUAUUCUUCCGUUUGUUAUGGUGUUCGAUGGUUAUAUGUCAGCACUUAGGACUCGUACCCCAGAGGAGAUUUUGGAAUUGUUAGGUACUAUGCCGGAGAAAGAGAGAGUUGGGUGGGAGUGGAAGUGGGGGAGACAGAGGUUUGCAAAACCUGUGGGAGAGAUCAAUUAUUUUAUAGGCAUCAGGGAUCCCGAGAAGUAG